AUGCAUUAAAUCGUAGUGUUAAACCACCGCCUUUAAGACAGUUAAGACUAUUUAAGACAUCAGCAUCCGCCGUAAUCGUAUACUUUAUACAUUAGGAGAAUAUACUGAUAAACACAAUAAUAAGAUGCUUGCGGUUUGGUUAUUUAUUCUGUAGAGCACACGUGAAUAUUAGCCCCCGUCAGUUUAUGAAAGAGAGAGAAGACAAUAACGUUAGGCUACUGAAGUCAAAAGUCAAAAUCUGGAUAAAAUGCAUUUUAUAAUGGAUAAAAACAUCGUGUAUAUAUUCAAUUCGAAAUUAUUUUGGGUAUGUAUUACCUUAGUAUUGGUUCUCGUGGGCAUUUCAUCGUUUUUGACAAUUUAGUCCUUCAAAUUUGACAAUUUAACCUGCUUAAUAGUUAUGCACACCUAAAUAUGGUAAAGGAUAAGACUCGAACAACCAGGUUGUGUGUAAAACCACUGCAGGUGAAUGCAGGUAUAUAUGGAGAAUUACUGACCAUUAACCAUAAUAUAUCACGUAUAAAUGAAUACAUGCAAAAUUAAUAGUUAUUAAGAUUUAUAUGGUUUGGAUUUGGUAAAAUAAGAAAAAAAUAUGAUCAGAAUAUCAUACUUGCAUAAUAAUUGUGCACGCACUGUAAAUCUAGAAGCCUAAGCUCAGAAAAUGCACUCUGAAAAUACUGAGUCAAUAGUUUAUAAACACAAACAGAUAGUAACUUUGGUGUCUGACUUGCUGAAUUGAACCUGUAGGACUAUAUAUAGGUCAUUCUUUUACUACUAUGAAAAAAGUAGAAAACAGCUUUAAGAUAUGAGGCGUUUUAAAAUGUCUUUACUAUGAUUUACAGCUAUGCACUAAGAUUUGGGAUAAACACUCAGGUUCAUUCAUUCAGAGAGUAUCACACAGUCUCAUGUGUUUUCCUGACUCAAACAUGACUCAGUAAUAGUGAAUCAGAUUUAAAAAUGGCAGGGGAUUCUUUCUCUUGUCCGUCACCUUUCUCUGCUUUAAUAUAGAAAAUAAAUAUCAAUCCACCCAUACCCUGUAAAAUAUAGUCUGGCUAAAAUAUAGUCUGGCUCUUGUGUCCUCUGUUUGUGAGCAUGUUUAUUUGCGUGUGUGUGUGAAGAUUUCACUCAUGCCUUUCGCCUGUUAGCUGCAGACGUCUGUGAUUGCACAGUCCAAACUGAGACUACUGAGUAUAUUACUAUUUUCUCUUUUGGAGGAUAAACAAAAACACAGGAUUUGUUGGGGGGAUUCUGAAUGGACUGCAUGCAGUGUGGUUAGGUGGGCGAUGGAUUAGAUAGAAAAAGAGAAAACUAGUCAAUGGUGCAAAAGAAAAUACUUUUUCUAUUGUCUGAGACAAACUAUGUGUGUACAAAUGACCAACAAAAGUGUUUUGAUUUGUUGUUAGACAGGAAGCUUGUGGAACAGCAAAAAUAUGAGUCAACUGGAAGACUUUUCCUUUUAACUUUUAAUAAAAUGCAUCCAGUUUCAAAUUCCAGAACAACUUACUUUUAGUUUAUGGUUUAAAAAAGCAGCGAACAUUAUGACUCAUGAUGACUCCUCAGUAAACACAAGGAAUGGAGGAAUUAGUCACUUUGAAACAAUGCUCUAAUUUGCAUGCUAUACCUUUUCAGAGGGAUGAUUUUGCAUUUAAACACAUCUCUGUUGAUCAGAUGGUCUAUUGUGAGGUCAGUAAUAUGUUAAAUGGUGCUUGUGCUAUCACUUGUAUUUGCAACAUAAAAUGCCUAUUGACCUGAUCUGGGUUGCCAAUCGUUGCAGUAUCACACCUUGCUUUGUCCUGCAAAUGUAGAGAAUGUUUAGGCAACAUCCUUUAACAGGAAAGAAUAGGGCUGUCACGAUUAUUAAAUAAUCGUCUCAUCGUGAUGGUUUCAGAUCAUCGCAACUAUUAUCAAAUAUACGCAUCUCUAUAGAAGACACUAGGUGAGCUGUAGUGCAUCUGCAUAUUUUAUUGUAUAUAUUGUAACUAAAGCAUGGUAAUACUUGUAAAAUGUACCACCACAACACAUUCACUUAAAAAAAACUAAAGCAUAUACCAUAAAAAUAACCUGCAGUACAAUUUAAUAUUAUUUCAGUGUGAAAACCAGUCUAAAAUCUCAUUAUAGAAGUAAACUUUUAUUGUAGUCUUGCAAGUGAGAAAAAAACAGACUAGAAGCUUUUCUAUGACUGAUAGCAUUUUAAUGGUGGCUUCAAUUCACUCCUGAUCAAUUUACUUCAUUUACAAGUAUUUGGCGGUUGUAUUAUUGACAGGUAAAAGCCUAAACCUUAAAUAUAUGAUGACCCAAUUUUUUCCGAUGUAUUUCCAAGAAAAAGAACAUAGUCUUUAUAUUCAGAACAAUAUGGUCGUUUCAAAGCUGAAUAAAAAAUGUACGAGAAUUAAAACUCAAAGCUCUAAAACAGACAAUUAUUCGCAAUAAUCGCAACGAAUUAUUAGACAAUUAAUCGUCAGCCAAAUUUCAUAAUCGUGACAGCCAGCUUCUCACAGACAGUAACAGGAUUGUCCAGCUUUUUAAAGCUAAAUCUUUAAUUACAACAUAUCACACUUAAUGAUAUUGAUUAAUGAUAUUGAUAAAAAAAAUUAUUCAUCUUUGCGAAAAGGUUAUGCUUGAAUUAAACCUUAAUUCAAGAUUAUUUUCUCACCCCAUUGGAAGAUUUUUGUGUGUGCUUGUUUUAAGCACAAAUUCACUGAAAUUUCAUAUGUUUUGUCAAAAAACAAGAGAGGUCAUUUUGCUCAUCCAGAAAAUGCAUCUUGAUUCAAGAUUUUUUUUUAAUUUGUACUGUAAAACAAGACAAAAUACAAAGUAAGAAAGUCAUUUUUUGCAGUGUAUAGGCUGCCACGCUUAAGAAUCAUAUUGUCGAACUGAAAAAUAAAAUGAUGAUGGCUUUCAAAUGACGGUCCAUGCCCAGAAAAAGCGUUGUAAAGUUCUAGAAGUACAUGCUUACACCUGUAGUAGACAUGAAAUAUUUUACAUUUUUGGUGGAUUGGCAUAAUUUGUUUUACUUUAAACGGUGAGCUGGCUCUUUGGGCGGCGUCAUCAUGGUUGACAGGGCAAUUCACCAAUGCAGUUUGUCGGUUACGUACGUCUUUCCACAAAGGCCCUCCCACUUGUCCCCGCCUCCCGUAUGUGUAUUUCCCGUGUGGAAGACCCCGUAAAAUGCCCCUGAAUCUCCCGAAGGCUCGUGUUGUGUGUCUGUCUGUCUGUCUUUCUUUCUUUCUUUCGCAUUGCCCGCGCGCUGGACUUCCCCCCUGAACGACUUCUUUCAAAGGUUUUCCAGUGAUACACCAUGAGUGAUACUGGCAAGGACACAGUGGCUCCUAAAGAGAAAGAUGGAGCAGAGAAGAGAGGACGUGGAAGACCACGGAAACAUCCACAACAGGAGCCCAGUGGAUCUCCAACACCGAAGAGACCGAGAGGAAGACCAAAGGGCAGCAAAAAUAAGCCAAGCGCUGCAGCAUCUAAAGGCAAAAAAGCAGCUACGGCAUCAGCACCUGCAGGGAUGAAGCGCCGUGGAAGACCUAAGAAAGCAGAGAAGGAGGAGCCAUCUAAGUCCUCUGAAGAGGAGGAGGAGGAAGAGGAGGAGGAAGAAGAAGAGGAACAGUAACUAGCAAAUCUUGCUACCUCACAAACCGACAUGAUUUCUUCCUGUUGACCAGAGCUGGACUGACACCCCAUCCCCUUACACUAAUGCCACCAACCCCCAUUUCACUUUUACUCUCCAGUGCCCCCUAGUGUCAGGGAGGCCUGCACACUUCAUGCGCCUUCUCUGUGUAACACCACUGGAAAAAGACUCAAAAUACUGUACGUCUAUUCCUGGAUACACGCACACGUGUGUGCGUGUACAUGUCUCGCACUCAAUGGGUAAUUGGUUGAAAUGUUCUGUCAUUAUACUGGACAAAGAUAUGCUCUGAUGGUGCCUGACACGAAGCGAUUGCUGAAUACUGUUAGUUUUUCGUGCAGUAUCAGGCCACAAAUUUACGUUUGUUUUUACCUGUCAAAAAGAUGUGGUGGAUUGUGUGAUAUUUGUAUCAUUGUGUUCUGGACAAAGGUGAAUUGACCUACUCGUUUGUUUUUAUUUGGCUUGCGUGUGUGAUAACUCGAUGUCUCCAGUUAUACUUUUAGCUACUUUGUCAUUCAAGCUAGAAAUAAAAUUGAGCAUAUUUGUGAGUGAUAGCUUAGAUGAUUUUUAACUCCUCGUAAUCGACGUAUCAUUUGAUGUUUUUCCUUGUGAACCUCUUUUUUAUUUUAUUUCACAGAGUCUGUAAUUCCUGAACAAUUGACUGGCAUGCCAGUGUUAUGUUGUCAGUUUCCCUAGUGUACACGCUAGAGGAGCCUAUGGUUUAGCCAUGUGUAAACUAGCUGUUUUUAAUGAUGACUAUUGGUUUUUAAAUGAGACAUUUUUAAAGACCGCCGGCGAAUGAGCAAACUAGUGUUUGGUUCAAACUCGCCAGGGAAGUCCCAAAACCACUGAGCUCCUGAGAUGUGAAUGUUAAGAUUGAAGACUUUGCUAGAUCAUUCCACUUGCUCUUAAUUUCCUUUGAAACUUCCCAGCCGUGUUACUUCUCUCCGCAAUGGUCCACUCAGAUAGCUUUGAUCGUUCAGCUAUAGUGUAACCUUUUUGUUUUGUGCUUUUUUUGACGUGUUAAAUUCCAUGUCAGGGAACGCUGAUCGGUCCAGUGACUGGGUCUCCUCUCAGAACUUAAUGCUGCUACAAAAAUGGUUAAUUAAACCCGGAAUACUGCAACCAGGUCAGUUCUACUCUGGACUUGACCGUCACAUUCAUACCUCACUGUACUCUACUCUUAUCUGACGACGUUCAGCUGGUCUCAGUGUAGCCUUUGGCAAGAGCUUUUUUUAUUGCAGUGUCUGAUCCAGUCAUGGCAAUUUCCAUAUGGUUUUUAGUUUGUCUUAUGUUUUUAACUGAAUUUGCUCACAGCUGUGCGCACAUUUAAUAAACAGUAACUGUUGGUUAAUUCUUUUAUAUAUAAACAUCUGGACACGCCACAGGAAUUACUGCAUUGAGUCAGAAAGAUGCAUGACAUGUUCACAGACUGUGGUAGAGACAUAUAGGUUCUGUGUAUGUUUUUGUUAAACUUGUGUUUUGUAUACAUAAUGGUUUGGUGCACUGAAUUGAUUUGAGUAUAUCAUGGAAAAUAGUUGUCGCACCUAAAGGCUAGGUUUUUUUUGGUAAUAAACUACAUCCUACUAGUUGCUUAGGUCUGAGCCCCCAUUGAGUAAACCGUGAUGGUACUAUGGCUGUUUGACGCAAUGAUUUUAAACAUGUGCCCUCAAUACUGAUUUCUUGUUUUUGAUGUGCUUAUGCACAGAACUGGUUUGGGAUCAGUCUUUUCAAUGUAUACACUCUGCAUUUUCUAUUGUGGACUGCAGGAAUUUAUAUGAAAAAUGAUAAUAAAGUUACAGAUUCGUACUUAAUUUGGC